CCUUAGUGCGCACUCAGUGUGCACUAGUGCAAGCGCCCGAAUUCGCUAUUAUAUCAUGAUAUUUCCUAUAUCUAUGGUAGUACUAAAUGUACUGAGUAUUUUUUUAGUAAUUUUAAAUACUCUUGAUUAUCAUUGCAAUUACGUAAUAAUAAACAUGUGCUAAUAAUAGGAAUCAUGUUGAUGCAUGAAAAUGUCGAUUUUUAGGUCGAUGGAAGUAAAUAUUAAGAUUAAACUUAAUCAUGUUAUUUAUUAUUCAUCCAUUAAGAAGCUGUCGGCAUAUAUCAUGCAGUUUUGUGCCGAAAUUUUCUGUCCUUAUGUGUUCUGGCUUCUCAAGGCAAAAGUCAACAAAGACUGGGUGCAUAGAAAAACCCACACAAACCUUCAAAGACGGUUAUAAUCAAGUUGGGGCAACAACAGUUCCUUUUGCCAAGAAAGAUUUUGUAUGUAAAAUUGAGAAAGAUCCACAUAAAAUAGAAAAGUCAGAAUGGGCACCUAUAAUAGUUGAUUAUUCCAAGCUUCACAAGCACUAUCUCAAAUUGUCAAAGAUUAAAUUAACAUCUCUAGUCGUAGUAACAACUAUGGCUGGAUAUGCAUUAGCUCCCGCACCGUUUGACUUUCACACAUUUGUAAUGUGUUCCUUAGGCACAGGCUUAGUUUCUGCCACUGCAAAUACAAUUAAUCAAUUUUUUGAAGUCCCUUUUGAUGCGCAAAUGUCGCGGACAAAAAAUCGGGUAUUGGUACGUGGUCAUUUGACGCCUAUUCAUGCAGUAACUUUUGCGGCAGUAACUGGCAUUAUUGGAUUAUCCAUACUCUAUCAUGAAGUAAAUGGUAUCACGGCAGCGCUAGGUGCUACCAAUCUUGUUUUAUAUACGCUCAUAUAUACUCCCAUGAAACGCAUCAGUAUUGUCAACACAUGGAUUGGCUCUGUUGUAGGAGCUAUCCCCCCCCUAAUGGGUUGGGCAGGUUGCACAGGUAGCAUAUUGACACUAGGUGCUUGGAUCUUGCCUGGUAUUUUAUAUGCAUGGCAAUUUCCACACUUUAAUGCUCUUUCGUGGAACCUAAGACCGGAUUAUUCACGUGCCGGCUAUCGAAUGAUGGCUGUUACAAAUCCAGAUUUAUGUCGUAGAACGACUAUGAGAUACACAGCGGUUCUAAUGACUCUGUGUUACUUAGCUCCUGUAUUGGAUGUAACCCAUUGGUGGUUUGCACUGGCUUCGACGCCAAUCAAUGCGUCUUUCCUGUAUCUAGCUUGGAAAUUUAGUAAGCACUCGGAUAGUGCUAAUUCUAGGAGAUUAUUUCGAUUUUCGUUACUUCAUCUACCUCUGUUGAUGAUGCUGAUAUUCUCAAGUAAAAAGUACUGGGCCAGCACGGAAAAACAAGGAGAUAAAAUCGAAUCUCCUCACAGCGAAUCAGCAAAGAAGAAUGAUUUACUGACCAUUUUUACUGCAACACCUAUCGCUACAGCAGCUUCCUCUGUGUAGAGGUAGUUUUUAUUCCGUUGAGCAUGUCAGUGAUAGUACAAAUUCAAUAUCGUUAUAAAUUUCAAGUCUUAAUGAGAUUUUUACAUUACCUCAUUAGCUUUUCAAAAUACGAUAUUGUAAAAUAGACUGUAGAUAUAAUCAAUACUGGACUUGUCUGGUAUUAAUUUAAUCAAUAAACGAAAGUGACAUCAGGA